CCGCGCCAGCAGUCAACAACACCUUCCUCGGCACGGGCCGGGGAAAUCUACGAAACCAAGUUUAUUGAAUGCUCAAUGGCCCAAACGAUGGACGACAUGGUCUUCCAGUGCAGCAAUCAAAACUCGAUCUAUGUGCUGAAUGCCAGCUACGGUUCCUAUGGGGACUAUGGCACAUAUGCGGCAACAAAGCGUGAAAUAAAUGGCAGCCGGAGCAGAGCGGCAAAUCCAAUUGGGGCGACUUGCUCGAGUGGCGUCCUGCAGCAUAAAUUCAAAACUUUCGGCAGUGCCGCAGCAACAACAGCAGCCGCGGCAGCUGCAGCGGCACCAGCCAUGGACGCAGCAGCGGGAGGCGCAGCAAACUACGUAAAUCCUGUCGCUACAUCAAUGUCAACCGCAAUGUGUUCACCGGCAACGGCGGCCCUGCAAAAACUGUUCAAUUGCAGCGUCGGCGUCGCCUGCCAAAAUGUCACCCACGCCCACAGCAACCACACCAACCAAAGCAGCAGCACCAAGAGCAGCAGCAGCAGCAGCAGCAGCAUCAGCAGCAGCCACAUGCACAUCAGUGGCAGCAACAACAAUGCCGCCGCGAGCAACCAUAACAAUAGCUGCCUGUCGGCGGCAGGCGGAGUGGGCCUCCAAAGCGCCCGGAAUCGGAGCCGGAGUGGCGAAUGCCUCGAUGGCGCAGCGGGAGCGGUUACCUCGUCAGCCGGGGGCGGAGGCGGAGGAGCAGGUGGCCUCCCUCUGCUCCCAAAGAAGAAAUGCACCAAUGUCAAAUCAGCGCUUAUUGCCAAGAAGACAAAGUUUCUCAAAUAUCUCGAAGAAGAAAAAUGGCGCAGCAACGCGGCAGUUCCGGAAGAUGCUGGUGCCAUCAGCAAUGAGGCGGAGCCACCCACUCCGAGCGGCAACAACAACGGCGGCAACUUGAAAAAUCAGAGCAACAGUCGGGAGGCUGGAAGUGGCACUGGAAGUGGCAGUGGAAGUGGGUGUGGAAGUGGUGGGCAGCCGAACAAACCGACCAACUGGAGCAUGCAUAAUGAGGACACCAGCACGGCGCUGGCCAGCCACCAUCAACUACAACAGCAGGUGAAAUCGAGCUCCGAGCUCUACCAGGAGGCAGCCGACAUUUUGGGCCUGAGUUGCAGCCUCUGUGAUAAUUGCCGCUGCCUGGACUGCCAGAGCGGCUACUUUGACUGCGACGACGACGAUGAGAGCUACUCGGAGCAAUCGCUGAUGGACGACGAGUACGACGAGUUCGACUGCGGAGCGGAGGAGCUGCAGGCGGCGAUGACAGCAGCCCGGCAGCAGGAUGUGCCCCGGAUGCCCUGCUGCCCGCUGGGGGCGGGUUCCCACCUUGCACACAAGGCGGACUCCCCGGCCGCACACACGCCCCCGCAAUCGGAAUCCCUGGGCCAUCGGGUGGCCAUCGAUUUUGAUUUAAUUAACGCCACUUGCAGCCAGGUGCUGCAAAACUGUGAAACAUUCAACGAUUUGAGUCUGCUAGAUGCCGCCGCCGGAGCCGAGCGUCCUUUCACGUAAAUCCAGGUGACGCGCUGGCAGGCGGGGAUUCCCCGCCCAAUCAGGAGUCCGCACACUGCAGCUAAUUAAAGUUUAACAACGGCCAGGUCGGAGCCCAUUAAUUGCAACUGACACCU